UCGAUGUUACCCGGUGCCAACACAUGCUGGCAUCUGUAUUUACCUGCCAUGUUCGUCUGUGUCCCGUAUCCGCCUGUAACACGCACAUAACGAGGUCUCGGCAGAGAAACAAACAACGACAGCUAUGGAUGAGAGACUUUGAAAUGACCCACAUAAUAUAAAAGUUGUGUGCUCGCUAGUCUCUGUAGUAGUCCUCAAAUUCACGAGCAAAAUAUAUUGUCAGUAUGGGGUUUUAUAGUAUCAGCCGUCUCUGUUGAUUUCAUAAACUUUUUUUUUUUCCAAAGGAGGAAUUUGUCAAAUUUGCGUUGCAGUUUUGUUUAAAUCUCUGUUGUCAUCCAUCUUAGAUGGCAGGUUGGAAAAAAACGCUCUGGCUUAAAGUUAUGUCUUAAAACAUGGAUGUCUGAUCAUAUAAUUUGGCAAUUUAGUCUUAGCUUGUCGAUCAUUCCCCUCCUCAACACUGCCGUUCUCUAAAAGUUUAAAAUGACAUAGUCUCGUUUUUAAUUUGUUGACUUUUUCAGUUGGUAGUUAGUGGGUAUUUCACAGAUCAAACCUAGAGUUGUUUGUUGAGUUGUUUCCGCUAAGGGUAGCUAACUCCAUCCUUUUAUCCGACAUACAAAUACAAAAGUAGAGAGUGUAGCCACAGUAUUCUACACUAGAUAAGAUCAUCAAAAUCUAACCAUGGGGGACCCAACCUCACGAAGAAAUCAAACAAGAAAUCGACUUCGAGCUCAACUUCGGAAGAAAAGGGAAUCUUUGGCUGAUCAGUUUGACUUCAAGAUAUAUAUAGCCUUCGUUUUCAAGGAAAAGAAAAAGAAGUCUGCACUCUUUGAAGUAGAUGAAGUGGUACCAGUGAUGACCAACAACUAUGAAGAAAACAUCCUGCGAGGUGUGCGGGAUUCUGGCUACUCUCUUGAGAGUUCAAUUGAACUCCUGCAAAAAGACGUUGUGCAACUGCACGCUCCCCGAUACCAGUCAAUGAGAAGGGAUGUGAUAGGCUGCACACAGCAGAUGGACUUUAUCCUUUGGCCACGCAAUGACAUUGAGAAGAUUGUCUGUCUGCUGUUCUCCAGAUGGAAGGGGGCUGAUGACGAACCCUUUAGGCCUGUUCAGGCCAAGUUUGAAUUUCAUCAUGGAGAUUAUGAGAAGCAGUGCGUGCAUGCUUUGGGUCGUAAAGACAAGGCUGGAAUGGUCCUGAACAACCCAACUCAGUCUGUGUUUCUCUUCAUGGAUAGACAGCACUUACAGACACCUAAAACCAAGGCCACAGUUUUCAAGUUGUGCAGCCUCUGCCUGUACUUGCCUCAGGACCAGCUGACCUGCUGGGGUGUGGGAGACAUCGAGGAUCACCUCCGCCCAUACAUGCCUGAUUAGGGCUUCCUGCUCCAACCAGCCACAUAGGGAAAAGCCCCUCCCCUUUUCUCCUGCCUAAGCCUUUGGAAGCAAAUUGAUGUACUCAUCUCCAUCUUUUUCCCUUUAAAAGAUUUGAACUUGUGCUUGGAUCUUUCCUUUUCCCUUUUUUGUUGCCUACUCAUUCACCCCUCCCUGACCUGUGGCUGAUUCAGUUGCAUCCUCUUUUCCUCCCUCACACUCCAAAUGCCCCUCCCCCUUCUCUACCACCAUUUUGUUGGUUGCCCUUUUUUUGUUUUUCCCUCCCUGUUUACUCCCUCAUCCAUUUUUAUUUGAACCUGCACGAACAUUGAUUUUGAGUGGUUGGUUGUUCUAUUGGAGGCUCGCUGUCAACAGCACCGGUCAUUGAAGGAACUCUAUGUUGCAUCAAAACAGGAACAAACACCCAGGUCUUCACGGUGGUUCUCAGAUGGACGUGCUUUUAGAUCCUUGUUGUCAUAAGAAAGGAUUGUUAAAGCUUGUUUGUAAUGUCAUUGGGGUUAGUAGAACAACUUUACACAAUCUGUUGACCAAGGACAGGUGUGAAUAGGUGUUAAAACACCGGUGUACACAAAGAUAACAAUAUGAACAAUAUUUGUCAAAUCAUAUGGUGUAGGAAUUGCUUCUUAUAAUCUGCCUUAGUUUUUUUUUUUUUUUUUUUUGGGACUUCAAAGAUGUUUUUGGUAUCAUUUGCUUUCCUCUGAAACAUGCUAGGCAGGCCUUCACUAAUAUCUCAAGUGACUUAAAAGGCAUUGUUCAUAAAGUUGAGACAUGUUAGAUGUUGAAGGUCAUUGUCACCUUUCAAGCCGUUCAUGCACUAUUCAAGCUACUGAAAUCUGAUGUACAUUUAUUUGGGAUGUGGGUUGGUGAUACUCUGAAAUGUGUAAUAGUUAAUGUUUAACAUAACCUAACAAUUUGCUAAAAGAUACUGUAUUUUAGUUCAAUUUGACCUAGUAAAAUUAAAAUUAUUUCCUGCCAUGCUCACCAAAUUAAAAUUGAAGUCUACGGGCUUGCUUGUUAAAGAAUAAGUACUUGGUACAUAUAAUUUUGCUCAUUGAUUCAGUGUGUUCAGUUCAAAGAUUAUAAGGUGUGUUACAUUUGUUUUUUUUCUGUUUGAUUCUCAAAUCAAUUCUGCUGAGCAUAUCCCAAUACACUGCAAAUUCUAAAAGCAUAA